AUGGGCCUUCAUUAUGCCGAUAUCCAUAAUGCAUUCGACCGUCAAGUACGGAACGACCCCGAGGCACGGAUUGACGCUGAGAGCGCGGACUUUUCUGAUGAGUAUCUCCAGAAUGCAUUAGACGCUCUAGCACGGAUUGACCCCGAGACCGCGGACUUUUCUGGAGGGGAUAUCCAGAAUGCAUUAGACGAUCUAGCACGGAUCGACCCCGAGACCGCGGACUUUUCUGGAGGGGAUAUCCAGAAUGCAUUAGACGAUCUAGCACGGAUCGACCCCGAGACCGCGGACUUUUCUGAGGGGGAUAUCCAGAAUGCAUUAGACGCUCUAGCACGGAUCGACCCUGAGAGCGCGGACUUUU